UGUCCUCUCACCUCACUCUCACCAACUCGGCCCGGCGUCGACGGCUCGCUCUUCGUAUUGCUGCAAAAAUCCUGCAAUAGCUCCUCUGCAUUGGAUUUGCCACUCUCGAAGCGCCACAAGACCGAGGCCCGGGUGAUGCGCGCGUGCUUGGUUCGUCAGCACUUCUUCACCUGCGUCUCCCGUCCUCCACUUUUUGCCCUUCAGCGCCCUCGCUCAGCCCGAGCUUCCUGGGUCAAAUCACCGCGAGCACCUCAAGUAUCUCUGUGUGCAGGCAUGCCCCGCGCUUCAUCCUCAUCCGCUACGGCAGAAGGGCCAUCGGUAGCAUCCCUCUCUCCCAAGCCGUGCCAUACGUGCGGCCGCGUGAUCACGCCGCGAGCCAAGUGGGCGAAGAACUGGAGCGAGAUCAAGCUCUGCUCCGACGGCUGCCGGUCUCAGCGUCCCGGCCGACGCACACGCUGGUCAUGCGGACCCGAGGAGCCGCCGCUGGCAACUGCACUGGCGCGCAGCUCGGAGAGGAACGAAGAGGCGGAGACGUGCAGCACCGACGUCGAGUGCUGGACCGAGCUCGCCGUCCUCGCGGUGGCGCACGACGGCAACGGCGUCAAGGUCGCGCCCACGUGUGAGGACGUGGAGCGACGCCUGUUGGAGGAAGGCCGUCCGCACUGGCCCGCCGAGACCCAAGCUUCCGAGGGAGACGGCGGCGAGAAGGAUCAGCCUAACGGCCAUCCCCUCUACACGGCGCUGCAUUCGGCGCCCGGGCUGCGUGAGCGUGUGCGCCGAGCCGCCCGCCGGCUCGUCAUUCUUGCGCCGGAGCUGUGUGCCCACACGGCCGCCGCGCCGUUCGACUCGGCGCCGGCUGGGCGCGUCGAGCUCGUGCAGGGCUCCAAGACGCUGCAGACGCUCGACGACGUCAGCUUUGCCAAGGGGCCCAUCGGGCUGCGCUGGGUGGCCGAAAGCCGGCCGAAGAAUGCAUCUCGAUGAAGACGUGAAGGCGAAGUGGGCGCAGCGCCAGACCACAGAACGAUCUGGCUCGCGCUCGGGCCGCCAGAGCCAGGGUCAGGGCGAUCACACG